AUGUCUGGUCCAAAUUCUCCUUCAAGGGCGAGUUCACUUUCGGAACCACUCGGCGUCGAUCGAGUGAAUCCUACGUUGACAGAUCUUGACGAAGCUUCCGUUCAAUCUCCUGUUCCGGUUAACUCUUCCGAUGAACUGUCAGACAUUCUUAUGGCGGCACUUAUCCAACCCGGGGAGGAGGAUCUCAAACAGGCAGCCUCUUAUGACAUACUCAACCGCGAUUCGGACUUUAUUUUGCCGGAGGAGUUGGAUCCUGACUGUCAACCUCUGAAUUCAGCGCCGGCUGCUGAUGAGCUGUCGGAACCAUGGUUUUCCGAGGAUGCUCUCGAAGAUAGUUGGUCGUAUGAUGAUGAACCGUCUAAGAGUGAGGUUUAUGGUUCAGAUUCUAAAGCUGCACUGUCGAUGAUUGGAUCUGGGCUUGCUAACCUUGGGAACACUUGUUUUCUCAACUCGAUUACGCAAUGCUUCACUCAUACAGUGCCUCUAGUUGAGGGUCUUCUUUCGUGCAGCCAUUCUUCUGAUGGUCAUAAUGGGUACUGUGUUAUUUGUGCUUUCCGCUACCAGAUGCAACGUUCCUUGCAGUCUACUGGAACUGUUAUCUCCCCUGAGAUACUUGUGGAUAAUUUGAGGCAUUUUUCUUCUAUGUUUAGAAGACAUCAACAGGAGGAUGCACAUGAAUUUAUGCAGUGUGCAUUGGAUAAGCUUGAUUCGUGUUUCUUAAGUUUGAAGAAGAAUGAUCCAAGUUUUGAGGGUGAGAAUAUUGUAAACAAAGUUUUUGGAGGAAGCCUGGUUAGCAAGCUCCGAUGUUGUACCUGUGGCCGCUCUUCGGACACUAAUGAGCCAUUGAUUGACUUGAGUUUAGAAAUAGAAAAUGUAGAUUCUCUGUCGAGUGCUUUAGAAUCUUUCACUAUGUUGGAAAACAUUGAUGAAAAGCUUAAAUGUGAGGGCUGCAAUGAAGAAGUUUCUAUGGAGAAGCAGCUUAUGUUGAAUCAGACACCUUCUAUUGCUGCAUUCCAUUUAAAGAGGUUUAAGACAGAUGGGGUUUUUGUUGAAAAGAUCGACAAGCAUAUUGAUUUCCCAUUGGAGUUGGACUUGCAGCCUUACACCAUUUCAAAUGAAAACAAUGUACCGUUGAAAUAUGAUCUAUAUGCAGUUGUUGUGCAUAUUGGAUUUUCAUCUAACUCGGGGCAUUAUUUCUGCUUUGUUCGCACUGCUCCAGACACAUGGCAUAAGUUAGAUGAUUCAAAGGUUGCUAAGGUAUCAGAAAAGGCUGUGCUGUCUCAAGAAGCAUACAUAUUGUUUUAUGCUCGACAGGGUACUCCUUGGUAUUCAGAGUUUGCAGAAUCUACAAUUCCAUCCCUGGAUUUGAGCAGGAUGAAUACGUCGCCCAAGUCUGUUUUAGAUAUCCCUGAUGGCCAGGAUAAGUCAUUUCCUAUUUCAAAAGAAAAUGUUGAGAUGAGUGAGGCCAUUGAAUCCAAAAAAAAUUCUGAAAAGAAGUUUGGUUAUUCUAGUCGACAAAGUCGUGAGUUGCUUAAAAUUGAUGAUGUUGUCGAUGCUUCUCCUCACCGUGAACAAUUACCUGCUGGGCCUUCAAAUCAGAAAACUCUUAAUGUGAAAGGAUUGGAAGAUAUCAACUCCAAAGUGCUACCUUUGAAUAAUGCCAGCUUGAGUGGUACUGCAAAGGCUGGUGGGAGUUCAUAUGCUGAUAACAGUGCUCAUGACAAAAACAAAUCUACUAGUGUUUUGGAUUUCCUAGAGAAUGAUAUUUUCAGUUCUAUUACUCCUCCCAACACACCCCCUUCUCAGACUCCAGGUAAGAGUUUCCAGAUCUCACGUGAUCAUGUGAAGACAGAGAAUCAAGGGAGCAGUAAAAGAUCAUCAUCAAAUAAGUCAAAUAAGUCAUCUGGUAGUCCUGGAAAAAAAGCUGCUAUCUCUUAUCUUAAGAAGAUGCCUGGUUCAAGGAGAGGUGCAUUUUUGGACUUAGUUAAUUCUUGUCAUAACAAAACUUCCCCAGAGAACAAGAGAAAAAACACCGAUUCAUCGCUCUCUGUCAAAGGAAACAACAGUGCUCGCAAGAAAUCAGCCCAUGCUUCUGUUGGUGGCUACCCUGUGGCAGCCGGAAUUUCACAAUGA